CUGGACGCGCAACACAGGGGUCAUCAUGGCACCACUGGGACUAAAAGCAGUUGUUGGAGAUAAGAUAAUGAACAAUGUCAUCAAGAAGGCAAGAGAAAAAGGAAAAUGGAAGGUGCUGGUGGUGGACAAGCUGAGUAUGAGGAUGAUUUCCUCCUGCUGUAAAAUGACAGACAUCAUGUCAGAAGGAAUCACCAUUGUAGAAGACAUAAGCAAGCGGCGUGAGCCUCUACCCAGCAUGGAGGCCAUCUACCUGAUCACGCCCUCAGAUGAGUCUGUUGAGGGUCUGAUCGCCGACUUCAGAGACCCGCAGUCUCAACAGUACCGAGCUGCUCACGUCUUCUUCACCGACACAAUCCCAGACUCCUUGUUUGGGCUGUUGACCAAAUCCCGAGCCUCAAAAGCCAUGAAGGCCUUGACUGAGAUCCAUGUCGCCUUUCUGCCCUAUGAAUCACAGGUCUUCUCCCUGGAUAAAGUCGAUGCCUUUCAGGACUUCUACAGCCCCUUCAAGGCUGACGUGAAGAACAACAUGCUGGAGCGUUGCGCUGAGCAGAUGGCCACCCUGUGCGCCACACUUAAAGAGUAUCCUGGAGUCCGAUACAGAGCGGAGUACAAAGACUGUGCUGUUCUGGCCCAGAUGCUUCAGGAGAAGCUGGACGCUUACAAGGCUGAUGACCCCGCCAUGGGAGAGGGUCCAGACAAGUCACGUACCCAGCUGCUCAUUCUGGAUCGUGGGUUUGACCCCGUGUCACCUCUGUUGCAUGAGCUCACGCUGCAGGCCAUGGCCUACGACCUGCUGGGCAUUGAGAAUGACGUGUACAGUUUUGAGACCAGUGGGAUGGGAGAGACAAGGACGAAGGAGGUGCUGCUGGAUGAGGACGAUGACCUGUGGUUGAGUCUGAGACACAAACACAUCGCUGAGGUGUCGACGGCUGUGACUCGUUCUCUGAAAGAAUUCUCUGCCAGCAAAAAGAUGAACACCGGAGAAAAGACCACCAUGAAGGAACUGUCUCAGAUGCUGAAGAAGAUGCCUCAGUAUCAGAAAGAGCUGAGCAAGUACUCAACCCAUCUCCACCUGGCUGAAGACUGUAUGAACCGUUACCAGGGCACUAUAGACAAACUGUGUCGUGUGGAACAGGAUCUGGCGAUGGGCACAGAUGCAGAGGGAGAGAAGAUCAAGGAUCCCAUGAGGCUCAUUGUACCCGUUCUACUGGACGCCAAUGUCGGUGUCACCGACAAGAUCCGCAUUAUCCUGCUCUACAUCUUCCUUAAGAACGGGGUGACUGAGGAGAACCUGUGUAAGCUCCUUCAGCAUGCCAACAUCCCACCAGAGGACAGUGACAUCAUUUCCAACAUGGCCCACAUGGGCGUUCCCAUUGUCACUGAGGGCACCGUCAAGAAAGCCAAGAAGCCGGAUCGUAAAGAACGAAUCAGUGAGCAGACCUACCAGCUCUCCAGGUGGACUCCUCUUGUCAAGGAUCUUAUUGAGGAUGCUAUUGAGGACAAACUUGACCCCAAGCAGUACCCAUACAUCUCCCAGCGACAAGUGUCUGCCAAAUCCAGUGCCCCAUCAAGUGCUCGCUAUGGUAACUGGCACAAGAACAGGGGCCCCACAGAGAUUAAGACGGGACCCAGGAUCAUCGUCUUUAUUAUUGGAGGGAUGACGUACAGCGAGAUGCGUUGCAUGUAUGAGGUCACUCAGGCCAAUGGCAAGUGGGAGGCCCUAAUUGGAUCGACUGAAAUCUUCACCCCACCUCGCCUUCUCAAAGUCCUCAGAAACUUAGAGAAAGAAGAGCAGACCAGCUAAGAAGCUCCUGUAUUGCUCCUCCCUCAUCCCUCUACAGCAGCCAUGACCCCCCCCCCCAGCAUGACACAUCAAAUAUACACUUGAUGUUGUAUCUACGCCAUUCUGUUGCUGUUUCAACCCUGAAACUGUGUUUUAAAUUCAGUUUGUUGAUAUUGAUGAAAGUUUAUUGGAAGAGACUAAAUUUUAUGGUGAAUGUUAGUCAGUGUUAAUUGUGGGAUGACUUAUGUGUGUGAAUCAGUUUAAAUGAUUGGAUGAGAUUCAGGGAGAGUGUAGACUUUACUCAGACAAUAUUCCACUGCUUCCUGGUUAUAAUGGAGCAAACUCAUGGAUCUGACACAUGCUCACUUCUACUGCAAUCCUCCCCCGACCAAUACACUGCUUUCUUCUUUUGUUAUGUUGCUCCAUGCCGGUCUGUAGUGCUUCCCACACUGUAGCAACCGUACAACACUGUACAAAUAACCAGAGUCACAGUCAUGUGUCUGACCUUGGAAAUGCCAACGUACUCUGGCAGUAUUUUUAGCUGUAGAUGAAGCAUUUGAAAGAUAAAUAUACAGUAUAGUCGAAUAGUCUCUCGUGCAUCGUCUCAAUACUCUGCAGCGUUUCUGGCAUUGUAUUUUUGUCCUGUAGAGAUUCAGUUUCCUUUUACUACUCCGUGUUUGACCAUCAUUUUGUCAUUGGUUAUUGUUGUAUAGUGCUUUUCUGUAACUAGUGAUCCACUGUGUAUGAAGAGAGAGGUCAAUAUUAUCACAAGUCUGUGUUUUUAUGUCCACAUACACCAAGAAUACUUGCCACAGCAUGUGUGUGUUAAGCUUCCAUUAAACUCUUCAUUUAGUUUUUGUUGACGUUGGCUCUCCACCCUGUAAGCUCAGAGAGAAGGCGUAUUAUUUACAUCCAUGUAAUACAAUAAACUGCAGGUAGUACAUUGUAGUGGUGGAGUUUUAUUAUUUGUUUAUUUAUUUAUUUGUUAUCGACCCAAAACCAUAAUUUGAAAACACAAUGCAAAAAUCCUACACAUUGUCCAUUACUUGUACUUGACUUUAUUAAUGAAUGAUUGAACAUCUAAGGACGGGAAUGUGGUUUGAUCCACAGUGUGCAGGGUCUCUGUCCUUUGUUCUCAAAUUUAACACACUUAAACUUUAAUGUAUAAAUUUAAAAUUCUAAACUUGCUAUAAAGAGCUUCUAUCCAAAGGCAAAAAACAAAUAAAUACAGAAACAUGAAUAAUAUGAAAUUAUCAAAAGGGAAAUUAUGAAGGGUGGAAGUAACAAAAAUGAAUUGAUAAUAACAGAGAUUGACAGUGAUUAAAAUGCAUGUGAAUUGAAAAUGGAUGUGUAAUGAAAAAUUUAAGUUUCAUUGAUUUAAA